AUGGCACACGAUGACAACGACACAAGUGGGAUGGUAGUAGAUAUGAUACAGACACAGGAAAUAAGAGCAAAGAACAUUAUACUUAUAAAAGAAGGAGGCGUUAAACUGGUUGAAAUAACCAGCAUAUCAAAAUCAAAGCCAGGAAAGCACGGGGCAGCAAAGUUCUGUUUCUCAGGCCUCAACUUGGUCACGGGAAAGAACUACCAGUUCACAGAAGGAUCUAAGACCAACCUGUACGUGUGUUCGCUCGUCAAGAUACCCUGCGAGUUCAUGGAAAUAAACGAGAACGACGGGUCUCUCGUUGUGUUGAACGAAGAAACAGCAGAAGUCCUAACAGUUGCCCUGUCCAGAAUCUCCGAGGAAACAAUCGAAGAGAUAAAGAAACACGUGACACUUGUGGGCGCAUCAGGCAGUAUCCGGUUUAAGCUUGUAGAUACGCCAUAUCUUGUGGUUAUCACUGAUAUCACCUCAAAGGCUGAAUAA